UUUAACGUAAUCUUCACAUUUCUUUCAUUGUUGUUAUGAAGUACAGAAGAUACCUAAUUACGCAUAUAUAUUAUUACUUCAAUUAAAGUUACUCAAUUUUAUAGAGAAUCUUUAUCAGUUUUAUUUAGAUACAAUGGCCACAAGCCUAUUGUUCCAUCAUAAUGUACACUUAUUGACACAACAAGUUCCACCCAGUGAUGAAUUCAAGAAACACUUCCGCGAGGGCAUGUUCGACAAGCCUAACACUGCAGGUUUUCUACACAUUUCCCAUUAUUUAUUAACAACAUACGAUGCGGAACGCUUUAAAAAAUUAAUCGAAUGGCCAGUGACUUGUAAAAAAACAGAGGCAAAAUAUCGUAAUAAUGUUAAAACUUUAUUGACAACUGUAUCUACUGAAAAUCGUGACAUUAAUUUUCCAAACAUACUUGUGUCUCAUUUAUUUCAUGCUAGCGGAAAAAAAUUUGUAAUUAUUAUGUUGAAAUUAUCACAAGUAGUACUAAGAAAGUAUAUUUCUUCUACAAGUAAUUAUAAUGUCCUGUUCAUGCCACAAGCAGGAAUCGAGGGAAACUUAGGAAAAGAACUCUUACAGAAGACAAAUACAAAAAUUUAUUCUAAUAACUUAAAAUAUCAUCAAAAUUUAUCAGAUAUGGUGGAAACAGCAAAAACUUUCUUGAAAAACGAGGAACAGAAGUUAAAGAAUAUAAAAACAGAAAUUUUUGAAAGAGAACAAGUAAUUAAACUUUUUUCAAAUGAUGCUCCUGUGCAUUCUACAAUUAAGAAACGUUUGAUUCAUGUAAAUGAUGAAGAUGUGAUACAAAUAUGGAAGAAUAAUUUAAACACUGGUUUGAAUUACAUACAGAUAAAGAAUUUAGUUUUAAAAGAUACAGAACAGCUUAGUCAUAAAUUGAAUAACAUAGUACUAAGCAAUAGUAAUGAUAUAAAGAUGUUAGAUGCUAAGCAAUUUCAAAGAAUAGAUUAUUUGGAACUGUAUGAAUUAAUCCCCCAUGAUGUACAUAGCAUUCUAUUUCAAUUAUAUAAAAAUGAUAAAUUAGAUUUACAUAAUUUCAUUUUACUAUUCAAUUCAGUAGUAACUCGGAUAUAUCAAGAAUUGAAAUUGAGUGCAUUAGAGAAUCUUUCAGAAUGUCAAUUACAAGUAGAGGCAAGUUGCACAGAUAUAACAGAAGCUUUAAACAAGUUUCAAAUACAUUCAGAGGAUAUCAAAACAAUGACAUUAGAUAUACAACAAACAUUGUGUCAUAUAUUACAAGAAAAGAAUAUUUUACAAAUUUAUGAUGACGCAGAAGUACCUAUGACUAAUGAUGUACUCUUAAUGUCAUCACCUAUCAUAACAAUUGAUACCAGUUGUACAGACAUAGAAGCUGAUCUACAUAAACACUUACAACUUACUCCAGUAGAAGCUGUACAUAGACCACUGUUUUCGAGGUAUGAACAUUUAAAGCAGAAUUAUACUACACAUAGAUCAAAGUUAAGGGGUAAUUUAUUGGGAUCUCACAUCAAUUUCAAUGAUACAAUGUCACCAACAAACAGUGAGAACUCUUCAUUACGCUCAUGUCCAAUGUCAAGUAAAAAGAAAUUGUUAUCUUGUAAACAAGCGGAAAAAUAUUCUCGAUUAUUUUCUACGCGUACAAAAAGAAACAACAAUGCAGGAAACACAAGUGUCAUGUCUAUACCUUGUAAUUCAAAGGCAAACUCAACUGCAAUUGCAAAUAUGAUUGAAGAAAUGCAAGAUAUAUCUGAACUCAGUUUGAAUAUGUCGACAAAGAACUUGUGCGAUAACAGUGUGGAAUUUACUACUCCAGUAAAAUUGACUAUCACGAAAUACGAUAAGUCUGAAGACGUGUCUGAGUUGGAAGAUAUGGUAAACAUGCUCGGUGGGAAAUCGAAUGUGCCUUGUCACUUUAAUAUAUGUGAAACAAUAAAAGCAGAAUUUAUAAGCAAUCAUGACAAAAUUAUCACACAAACCGAAAGGGACACAGAGACGAAACAAAAAAGACGUUCGAUUAGCGACUUAGUUGAGCGCUAUAAGAAAUUACUUGAACGCAGCAAUCAUACACCAAGUCGUGGGAUUAAUUAUACAAAGCAUGGUAAUGAGUAA